AUGGGUUUUCAGAAAUGCAUGGUCCUCGUCAACCUGCCUGGGGUCACUACAAAGAAUAUCUCGACUUUUAGGUCGAACCAAUACAUUCUACAAGCUGGUGUAGCUAAAGUGGACAUAGCGAUUUACUGGGAAGAGUAUGGACUCGACAGUACUCCUCCGUUCCGUGAUACAUCUCUGCUCAAUGCUGGCUAUACAUACGAGUAUGUUAGCCCCGAAAACCUCAAGCUUCCAGGAGCAUCUGUUGUCAAUAGAUACCUCUCUCCCGAUGGUCCAGCUUACAAAGCUCUUGUAUUAAAUUGGGUACAGAAUACCACACUAGAUGCUGCCAGACAAAUUCUUGAAUACACUCAAAAUGGCUUUCCCGUCGUACUCAACACUCUUGUCUCCAACGGCCUUCCAGGAAUUGACGUUAAUGGAACCAGGAGCCAAGAAGUCCAUGAUCUGAUGGCACAGCUCCUUACAUUGCCAACAGUCAAACUCGUCCAAGAUGAACCAUCCAUAUCGAGUGUUUUGCAUCGUCAGCAUUGUCCCAUCAGUAGCGAUUGA